CAGCCCGCCCGCAGGCAUCGCCAUUGCAAGGGAGGCCAGCUUGCCUCGACGUUCCGGUGUGCCGUUGCAGUAGUUCGGCCUCGCUAUCAGCAGCAGAUCUUCACGAGAGUCGAUGACCCUAACUAGCUGCCACUUCAUAAUUUGCCUUCUCUUCUAGCCAGGCACACACCCACGCGCACACCACUUCUCUCUUUCCAUCCCCCAUCCACCGCCCAGCACUCUUCCAUCGCUCAUAGCAGCGCGUUUGUUUGACGGCGUCGGUCGUCAAAUGAACCUGCAGUCUCGUGCUUCCCUAAUCCUAAUUUCACAUCCUUCUGCAUUGAAGGACACCUCUAUCAAGUAGCUUGAUGCCUUACGUCAAGCCUACUGUCCACAUUACGCGACUUGCAGGCAACGCCUUCAAAGCUCUUUCCCACGGAUACGCCCAGACCGUCGUUGCCGCGUCGCAAACCAGCUAUGCUGCUCAGAACACUUCAGCUGCGCCGCUCGCGGACCAUCUAAUUGGUCGCGUCUUCAAGAAUGAGAAGAACAAGAAGCAGACCUAUGGCGUGCGCCAUGCCAGCACCGCUGCUCCGACCCAGGGAAAGGCCGAGGUCAGCCAUGAAACAGGUCUAGAAAAGUACUACGAGGCCUACCGAGAGGCUCAGCGAAACGGCAAGAAGGAGUGGCAGCAGUACCAGUUUGCGCGGACCAUCGAGUGGAAGCCGCCGGCUGAGGCCAUCUUUCAUGGCAAGGUGCAAGAGGUGGCAGACAUUGAAGAGGUCCAGGAGGCCGAGGAAUUCGUCGCGCCCAGCUUGAAGCGCUCAUACACGACCAGCGCGCUCGACAACUUCUCCAAGGCCCUGUUGAACGACGAGGCGGCCGAAGCUGCUGCGCUCGCGUUGGUCAACGAUAAGAUUGCAGAGGAGAUUGCCAAGUCGAAAGAGGAGUCCGAGGACGAUGGACUCACAAUCCGCGCAAAGUCGCCAUCGAUCAUCUCGCCUGACGCUGUCGAGGUCGAAUCGCUUCCAUCCGAACCCCGAUCGUCCAGCCCGGCCUCAGUCUUCACACCGACCGAUAGCUUCUCUAGUGCCGAAUCGGCAGAGAGCGAGGCCUUCACUGAACAGCUACUGGAUCUGGUCGAGAGAAAGAAGUUUCACGAUGUUCCUGCUGUCUUCCAGGGCAUGCUGCACGCUGGCGUGCAGAAGCCAUCGCAAGCCGCGUACCGUGCUCUGCUCCGAGCCGCUGUCGAGGUCACCCACGACAAGCAUCUAAAGACGCCGAGGGCUCUAGAGGUGUACUCUGAUAUGCUGAAGAGAAAAGUCGUGCCUGAUGCGGAAACGUACGGAACACUGAUCUCCAUGCUCUCAACCCGUGCAUUGGAGUCGCUCGCAUCGAGAAAGGCCCUGGACCAACGCCUGACCCGCUACGGCGGUCUCGAUGCGCCUGGCAGAUUCAUGUUCGGAUCCAGCCAAUCUGAGUAUUCCAUGCUGGUCGAGGACAACUCUCUCUCAAUCGCAUUGAAGAUGUUCGAUCGUGCCCGCGAGACCAUUGCCGCGCUCCCUAGCGAUGCAUGCGCCACGCUUGUCAUCGCAAGCGCUGAGCAAGGACGCAUCGAAGAGAUGACCCGAGUUUAUGAAUACAUGGAGUCGAAGUCUCUGGAGCCUCAAUCGGAGAUUUAUGCACCAAUGAUCACUGCCUUUGGCGAUCUACGUGACCUGCGUAAUGCCGUCGAGAGAUACGACGAAUACAAGGAUCUGGCCAUCAAGAACAACGAGGGCACGAACGCCAUCGUGCGUCUGGACAACCAAGUCUACGCUGCGGUCAUCAAGGCGUACGGCACGGCCGACAGACUCAAGGGAGGCUUGAAGUUCCUGGCAAGCAUUCAGGCGGGCAUCGCAGACGCGCGAGAUGUCGAGAAGCUGCGAGAAGUCGUGGCUCUUGACGCUCUCCUGCCUCUAGCUCUUCAGGAUUCGACAUUCCGCGACGCUUUCGAACUCGCGGGCGCUCUCACAGGCCAUGCUUACAUCAGCGCUCUGUCCAAGAUCGCUACAACAGCAGCAGACAAGAACAUGCCCGAGGUCGGUGCCCGCGCAUUCGAGACCCUCGCACAACAGUCACAGGACUUGGUUGAGCCAAGCAUGGCCAUGCUGGCGAUGCAUGUGCGCAAUGCAAACGUAGAGGCUGCAGAGCCCUUCUGGCGCGUGCUCGAAGCUGCUCCGGUCAGCCUUGCGUUCAUUGAGCCUACUACCAUGCGCGCUGUUGCACUCAUCGGUAUCGGUCAGGCUGAACGUGGUUUGAGACAGAGUCGCCGCAUGUUCUCGCGCAUUCGGGAGGCCACCACCGAAAGCCAGCAGGCACACGUUUCCCAGCACAUUGACGAGGCAAUUGAGCUCAUUGGCAACUUCACCCUCAAGCAGGCAAUGCUUCUGCCUGAGACCAGCAUUGAGGUUCUCCGCAUGAUGAUGGAAAACGGCAGCCUUGUCGCACCGGUCGCGGACCACAUAGUGGCACGCUUCGGGCCUGAGCACAUCGCCCGACUCAACCAGGCUGACCUCGAGUUCCUGACCCGCGUACAGAGCAGCAUGAUCCUCGAGGAACACUCGGCAGACAUUGCCAGUCCGGCACGUUUUGGCUGCCUGCUUGAGAACAUUGUUUCUCGCUCGAUCAUGCCGUCGGCAGAGACCGAGACCUUGAUUGAGAAGACUCUUAUCAACAUCGACCGCGCCGGACUUUCCAGAUUGUGGAACAACUACCGCUAUCCCACCACUCCUGUCUUCGCAGCUGCUCCAUUCACGCCCGUCGUGCCUCUCCAACCUCCGGUCGCUUCGUUCGAGGAUACAUACGAUCCUUACGCAAACCGUACUGAUGUGAAGGGAUCCAAUGUGAUCAACGACAUGCUCGAGCGCCCACAUGGCCGCCGCAUGAAUGAAGCACUGAACAAGUUCCGCAACAUGCGCCGCGUGGGCCGUGUCCCACGCAUGUUCACGUACGGCAAGUUGAUCGAAUCGGCUGCGAAGGAGAACAACCUCACCCUGGCACGCGACAUUCUGGAGAUGGCCAAGCAGGACGUUCCAUUCGAUGCCCGCUAUCGUGUUGUCCGAUUCGGCUGGCAACAGAUUUUGGACAACAUGGUUGCUGCAUGCUUGAACGUUGGCCGUCGCGAUCUUGCUGGUCGAUACCAUCAAGACAUGCUCGACAUGGGUUUCGCGCCAUCUGCCAACACCUUUGGACUUUACAUCACCACGCUGAAGGAGAACACCAAGACCUUCGACGAGGCCAGCGAAGCUGUCAAGAUCUUCCUCCGCGCUAAGGCUGAAGGCGUUGAACCAUCUUCCUUCUUGUACAAUGCACUCAUCGGCAAGCUCGGCAAGGCUCGGCGCAUCGACGAUUGCCUCUUCUACUUUGCAGAAAUGCGCAGUCUCGGCAUCCGCCCAACAUCAGUGACCUACGGCACCAUUGUCAACGCUCUCUGCCGUGUGUCUGAUGAGAAGUUUGCUGAGGAAAUUUUCGAGGAGAUGGAGGCUUGUGCCAAUUACAAGCCGCGUCCAGCCCCUUACCAUUCUCUGAUGCAAUUCUUCUUGACCACGAAGCGUGAUCGCAGCAAGGUCCUGUCGUACUACGAGCGUAUGCGCAGCAAGGGCAUCCAACCUACCGUUCACACGUACAAGCUCCUUAUCGACACGUACGCAACCCUGGAGCCGGUCAACAUGUCAGCCGCCGAGGCACUUCUUGAGGAGAUGCGCGCCGCUGGUGUACAGCCUGAUGCUGUACAUUACGCAUCUCUCAUCCACGCCAAGGGCUGUGUAAUGCACGAUAUGGACGCCGCCAAAUCUCUCUUCGAUUCCGUCAUUGCCGAAGGCAAGGUGCAGCCAAUGCCAAACAUGUACCAAGCCGUUUUCGAAUCACUGAACGCCAACCACCGCUCUGCUGAGUGCGAGCCACUGCUACAAGACAUGGUUCGUCGUGGCGUGGACUUCACACCCUACAUCGCAAACGCUCUCAUCCACGGCUGGACGCUUGAGAAGAAUAUUGAGAAGGCCAAGGCCGCUUUCGAUCGCGUGCACAUCUCUCGCCGCGAACCCAGCACGUACGAGGCUAUGGUUCGCGCAUACCUCGCCGCUGAGGAUCGCGACGCUGCCAAGGAUGUCGUGCGCGAGGCUCUUUCGCGAGGCUAUCCUAGCGCUGUGGCCGGCAAGAUCGCCGAGCUUGUGCGUUAGGCAGCACCAGUUCUUUUUGCAUGAUCUCGGAGUUUGCUGUUUCUUGUCAGAGGCUGACUGACGACUUGUGGAUUUUCGCCAUUUCCUUUUGUCACUGCAUAGCAUGGAAUGAACCCCAGAAAGCUGGUGUCGUGAUAUUACAAAAGGAAAAGGGAAACAGAUGAUGCGCAGAGUGUUUGGAACGGCUGUUUUUAGCGAAGGAGUUUGGGAGCAAGAGAAAAGAAUAAGAAAGAUGUGGUUCAUGGGAAAUCGCCCUCCUGAAGUUUUUUUUCGCAUGGAGUGAGGCGCGCUGUCGAUUAGACAUGCGAGAUGGGUUUUGGUUUUACUGUGUACUAUUAAGAUACCCCCUCCCGAUCGGGAGAAAUCUCUACUCUGCUGGCACGAACAUUAGAAGGGAUUUGUCCGUGGCCUUGAAUGGCGCAUGGCAAAUCUCUAGUGCUGGAGUUUCCUUAGAUGAAAUGAAAAAAGGAAAUUAAUAGCAACUUCUUCUCUUUCUUACCUUCACCGAUAUCGAGGUUUAUGGAUGCGU